CAUCCCGGUGGUUAGGAGCCCCCACUGUUGUAAGCCUAGCGAGGGCGAACCAGGCGCAGCGACAGCACGCGAGCUCGGUGGAGACUGGAAACCUACGCAAGCAUUUGUGGGCCUACGGGCAUCAUCGCUCGGAGGAGGGCGCGGACUCCCAGCGGCGCGGGCCAUGGCGCUCGCGCCCGUGCAGCCCAUGGCAUUCACUGGCAGCCGGCGAAGUUGUGCGGCAUUCUUAGGUGGUGUCGGUGCAGCUGGCGGCCGCUCUGUCCGAGGAGGCCAGCAGCCCUCAUCCUUCGGAGGUCUGCGCCGCGCCUGCCGGCGGGCUGGUGCGGAGUUCCGGCAUGGUGGCGGUGGUGGCGGCGGCACUGCUGGUGAUGAGCCGGAGUACCGCCGCAAUGGCGAGCCUGGCGGCAACGUUGGCAAGCACGAGCGCGACCGUGGACAGCCCCAUCCCAGCAGCGGCCACCUGGCGCAUGAGGACGUGCGCGCCGCCGCCGGUGCACAGGCGGCGCCGCCGGUGCGGGACAGCCCGCGUCAGCAGGAGGACCCAGGGGCGGGGCUGACGCUGGUCGACAUCAUGGCCGCCUUAACCGACAUGAAGACGGAGGUUUUGCAGGGGCUGCAGGGGUUGAGGGAGGACCUGGUGGGAGUGAGGGAGAACCUGUUGGGAGUGAAGGAGGACCUGGUGGGGGUGAGGGAGGACCUGGCGGUGGUGAGGGAGAUGGGCAGCGGCGUAAAGCGGAAUGUCAAGCUGACCAGCGCCAAGUGCGUGGUGCGCCACAUGCUGGGGCCCCUGGGCGCAAGCGCUGACCAGGAGGAGGUGGUGCUGGAGGCGCUUGUGCACCUACUGCAGCCUGAGGCAUCGCGGGUGGCCGUGCUGUGCUGCACGUCGCAUGUGCUGCCGGACCUGGAGAGCCUACAGCGGCAGCAGCCGCCGCCGCAGCCCGCCGCCGCCGCUGCCGCCACCGCUGCUGCCGCCGCUGCCGCCACCGCUGCCGCCACCGCUGCCGCCACCGCUGCCACUGCCGACCGGGCCAACACGCUCCGGGAGCAGUCGGCGGCAGGAUCAGUAGUGGAUGUGGACACGGCGGCUGUGACUUUGCGGGCCGCGGCCAAGUUCAUAAACCGGGACAAGCAGGCGUUGCCCGGCAGGCGCAGCCGCCGCAGCAGCGGCAGCGGCCGCCCAAGCGACGGUGGCGGCAGUGAGGGCGGCAGCGGCGGCGAGCGCGGCAGGGCGGUAUCAAGGUCGUUUGCUGCCGCCAUGCAGUUGCUGAAGGCCGCCGGCGGGCAGCAGCAGGGCAGGCUGCUACAGCUGCUGGGAGACGGCCCCACCUCCAUGCUGGUGCUGUCGGGCAUACAGCCUGCAAAGCUGCCGCCCGGCGGCAGCAGCAGCAGUAGCAGCAGCAGUAGCAGUAGCGGCGGCGGCGGCGGCACAGGUGGGGCCAUCCCCGCGCCUACAACGGAGCUGCAGCUGGACGGCCUGGCUGUGCAGCUGGAGGGCUCCACGCUGCGGGUGGUGAUGCUGGAGGUCGUGUCCAGCGGGGCGGGCCUGUCCACUGCGCGGAGGCAGCUGCGGCGCGCUGGACCUAUCCUGGCGUACGUUUAUGACGUCGCCGCCGCUGCAGGCGCCCUCGGGGCGCAGCCGCCGCAGCUGCAGCUGGAGGGCAGGAUCGCGCUGGCGCAGCUGGGGGAGGUGCUGCCUCGCGUUCACACCGUCUCCCUGGUGUCGGCGGCGGGACGGCAGCACGCGAUGCGCGAGCAUGCGGCGCUGUUCCUGCUGGGGCAACUGGCGCCCUACCUGGGCGGCUGGCACCUGGUGCUGCCCGCGUCGCUGGUCAACUUCAGGACCGCGCUGUCCACGCUGCUGACGUGGCUGGCAGCGCCCAGCCUGGCCAAGUCCUUCGCCGUGGACUGCCGCCCGCGCACGCCCCGGGAGGCAGCCCUGGCGGCCAUGCCCGCCCCAGGCAUGCCCGCAGCAGACGGCUGGUUCCGCGUCGCCACCGCCGGCGCCGCGGCGCCGCCCGCCGGCGGCGCCGCCACCUUCGCCUUCGCCGCCGCCGCGGCAGGCGGUGCAGGCGGCGGCGGGGGCGGCACGCCCGGCGGCGGCGGCGGCGGCGGCCUGGGCUCGCCGAUCCCUGGCGUGGCGACGCUGGGUUCUACAUCACCCAGCAUUCGCUUCUCCAUGUCACGUGGCAUGUCGGACACCUUGGGGAGCCUCAGCACGCCCUCCACGCCGCCCGCCGGCGGCGGCGCGGGCGGCGCGCACCACGUACACUCGCACCAUUCGCACCACCACUCGUACCACCACCUGCACUCGGGUCUGGGGCAGCGCGAGGCGGCGGCGCAGGAUUGGUUCGCGUCGUUGGAGCUGAGCGGCGGGUUGGGCAUGGGCACGCCGGCUGUGCCAGCCAUUUAACAAUGACGACGAAGUGGGGGAAGCGGUGAUGCCGUGGGUAGGCUCCAGGGGAUGUGAACGAAGUGCCAGGUGUAGCUGAUGGCAUGCUUUCAGGUGGUUUGGAAAAGUAUGGGCCUUGGGCGCGUGUGUUCCUUGGCGAUUCGGACAGGGCUGAUACUGCCACCCGGCUGGGGCAAGGAGUGGUGGUAAGGAGACUAAGCACAGAUGCUCGCGUCGCGGGGAGUGGCGCUGGCGGAAUUCGGUUUGCACGGGGCUUGCGCAUGCCGUGCCCCCAGCCGUGCCCCCCGGAUGCUCCGAUCAUGCAGUUGCGCUGCAAACA